AGCUAAUAAAAGCAAAAACCCUAAUCGUGGUGCGACUUCCAGUGCUGCAUUCAACUUCGCUUGAAGGUAAGCGAGAGAGUCGGAGCGGCAGCCUCUUCUGUUCCAGCUCGCAUAUUUUUAAGGAUGGUGAGAAUCAGUGUCCUGAAUGAUGCUCUUAAGAGCAUGUACAAUGCAGAGAAGAGGGGGAAGAGGCAAGUCAUGAUCAGGCCUUCUUCCAAAGUGAUCAUCAAGUUUCUUAUUGUCAUGCAAAAGCACGGAUACAUUGGCGAGUUUGAGUAUGUCGAUGAUCACAGGGCCGGUAAGAUUGUUGUUGAACUAAACGGAAGGCUGAACAAGUGUGGAGUCAUCAGUCCACGAUUUGACGUCGGUGUUAAGGAGAUUGAAGGUUGGACCGCUCGCCUUCUUCCUUCCAGACAGUUUGGAUACAUCGUCCUGACAACCUCGGCGGGCAUCAUGGACCACGAAGAAGCCAGGAGAAAGAACGUCGGAGGCAAGGUUCUCGGGUUCUUUUACUAGAAACUCCAGUGAGGCCUUGCUCUUUGAAAGCAAGUGGUUUUCACUCGUCAUCCAUUGUUGUUUAGUAAUAUGUCAUUUUGUUCCUAUUGCGAUUUCGGAAGUUAAGACUGAUCGUUUCAAUUACUGAGUUCUUUAAGACUUCGGACCCAACCAUCACCUUCAUAUAUUCUCUUUCUUCCCUUUAA